AUGUCAGUGUCAAAGGAGGUUAUACGGUCGUGUUUGCUGUAUGAGUUCAAAUUGGGCAGCAACGCUGCAGAAGCUGCUCGAAAAAUAUGCUCGGCGUUUGGACAAGUAUCGGUGAGUGAGCGCACAGCACGAAAGUGGUUCAGCCGAUUCGCGUCAGAAGAUGUGAGCCUCGAAGACAAGCCACGAGCUGGGCAUCCAUCAAGUGUCGAUGAAGCCACGCUGAAAGAGGUAAUCGAGCAGAAUUUAUGUCAAACCUGCCAGGGGCUUGCACAAAGGUUUGGAGUAUGUGACGAAACCAUUCGAUUGCAUCUGCAUAACCUUGGGAAGACAUGGAAGCUGAGCAAGUGGGUUCCGCACUCCUUGACUGAAGGGAAGCUCCAGCGUCUCACCAUCUACGCAUCAUUGCUGUCACGUCACAAAAAAGCAUCAUUCCUGGAACGGAUAUUGACAUGUGACGAGAAAUGGGUGCUCUACGAUAACCGGAAGAGAAAACAUCAUUGGUCGUCCCCUGGUUCGGUGUCAUUGACCGCCAAACCCACCAUUCAUCAACAGAAGGUGAUGCUGUGUGUCUGGUGGACCAGCGCUGGUAUCAUUCACUAUGAAUUUCUCGACAGUGGGACAACUAUCACAGCCGAGGUCUACUCGUCACAGUUACAACGGGUUUCAGAUGCACUGCGUCAAAAGCAGCCAGCACUGGUCAAUAGGAAAGGAGUUCUCUUGCUUCAAGACAACGCCAGACCUCAUACGGCGAAAACGACCAAGGAGGUGAUCAACACACUUGGCUGGGAACUUCUCCCUCAUCCGCCUUACUCCCCUGACAUCUCCCCAUCGGACUAUCACCUGUUUUUGGCUAUGGACAACCACCUACGGGAUCAGCAGUUCCGAAACCGACAAGAUGUCACGCAGGCUAUCGACAGGUUUUACGACUCUAAAGACAAGAAGUUUUUCAAACACGGAAUUGAUAAGCUUGUAACUCGUUGGCAACAUGUAAUUGAAGCCGAGAGUGAUUAUUUUGAUGAAUAA